AUGAGUCUCAACAUACAAAAUGGUCUACUUUACAUCUUCGGUUCGUUGAUUAAUGGCUCCCUCUUCGUGAUGGACGAGUUGAAACGUGGUGGUGAUCUCAACGUCUUUCAUGGAUUCUCCUCCUACACCUGGUGGCUGGUGUUGACCCAAGCCAUCAGCGGAAUCCUCAUGGGCUUUGUGAUGAAGUAUGCCAGCAAUCUGGUGCGUCUCUUCAUCAUCUCCUCGGCCAUGGUUGUGACAACCCUGCUCUCCGUCCUCAUCUUCGGUCUUGUGCUCAAGCUGAGCUUCGUCCUGAGUGCCUUGAUGGUCUGCGUGGCUCUGGUCCUCUACCACUACUGA